AUGGAAGAAGACAAGUUGUUGCCCAACAAGCAGAUUGUACUGAAGAAAUUCGUACAAGGCUGCCCGAAAGAGAGCGAUUUCGAUCUAAAUAUAACAAACAUGAGCACGAACAUUCGUGAUUAUGGAUCAAAUGGCGUGUUGCUCAAGAAUCUCUACAUUUCGUGUGACCCUUAUUUGUGCCACCUCAUGCGUCCUGCUCGACUAUCUUCUUUCUUACAAGGUUCUUUUGUCCCAGGAUCUGUUGUGACGGGAUAUGGUGUGGCGAAAGUCAUAAAGUCUGGUUAUGAGAAGUUGAAAGAGGGUGAUUAUGUGUGGGGGGUUACAGGGUGGGAGGAUUUUAGCUGGAAUUCGAAUCCCGAAAAGCUGCUGACCAAGAUCGAGACAACCGAUGUUCCUCUGUCUUACUACGCGGGUAUCCUUGGCAUAUCAGGAAUAGCUGCUUAUGUGGGGUGGCAUGAAAUAUGUGCCCCAAAGCAAGGUGAAAUUGUUUAUGUCUCGUCGGCUGCUGGUGGAGUCGGUCAUCUCGUGGGACAAUUUGCCAAAAUGUCCGGUUGUUAUGUGGUCGGAAGUUCAAGCACUAAUGAAAAGGUCGACUUGCUAAAGACGAAACUUGGAUUUGACGACGCUUUCAACUACAGAGAAGGAGACUUGCGGUCACAAUUGAACAAGCAUUUCGCUAACGGCAUCGAUGUUUACUUUGAGAAUGUGGGAGGUGAUAUGCUAGAUGAGGUAUUGGGAAAUAUGAAGUUAAACGGUCGAGUUGCGGUUUGUGGGAUGAUAUCUCAGUACAACCUUACAGAACCAAAGGGCAUCCGAAACCUAUUUAGCGUAAUCCAUAAGCGUUUGAUGUUACAAGGUUUCUCUGAACAAGACUAUAGAAGUACGGCGUACGCCGAGUAUGCCAAGUGGGCCAUCGAGCAGCUUCGGGAGAAUAAGUUGGUCUAUGUUGAGGAAGUGAUUCCAGGUUUGGAGAAUGCGGCUUCUGCUUUUGUUGGUAUAUAUCAUGGCCACAAUAUUGGGAAGAGAUUUAUUGCUGUUGCUAGGGACUGA